UAGAAACUAUCGCUACGAAAAGGCUCUCAUGUUGAGAAAAGCAAAAAUAUCCACAAAGAAUCAAUAGCAAUUUCAUUCACUAUUAAUUGUUUAUUUUCCACAAAUUUCUCCUCUUCUGAUUUUGUUCUCUCUUCUCACUAUAUUUAAUCAUAAUUCUCUCUCUCUCUCUAAAUGUAAAUUUUUCUCGCAAUCACAUUGUUCUAAAAUAAGAAAUUAAUAAAGAAGACAUAGAGAAAAUUGCCACUUUUCAGCAUUAAGUUUUCUCCUUCCGUUUCUCUCUCUCUCUUUCUUCCCAACAUAAUAUCGUGCAAAUCCCCUUCUUCAGAGGCACAAAAAUUACACAAUUAAACUUGACAUUUUCUUUAAGCGAAAAUUCUCUGACCUAUCAAAAAAUAUACAUUCAUAUCAAUAUAUCAAAAAUAAAAAAGUCUCUCACAAGAAUUAUACAUCAACAAAGUAAACCGUGACUUCCUUCGUGAUUAUUCGUGAUUGUGUGUGUGUGUCCCUAAAGUGAAAGAGUUCUCGUGAUAAAAGGGUGGAAAGGAAAUUAAAGAGAUGUCUUCUAUGAUAAAAUGUUGCUUCGAACCCAUCGAGCUGCCGGAAUUCCUCGAUUCCGCCGCCCAGCGAUGCACUGCUCCCGGAUGCUGCUGUGGCUGUUGCUCGGCGCUUCGUCCUCGAUACAAGCGCUUGGUGGACAACAUCUUUCCCGUGAAUCCGGAGGAUGGCUUAGUGAAAUCUAACAUGGAGAAGCUCACGUUCUACUCACUGAGCUCUCCCGAGAAGUUGGACAGGAUCGGAGAGUAUCUGUACUCGAAGGCGGCGAAGGACAUCCACAGGAAGCGAUACAAGCUUGUGGAGAUCGCCAUGGAGGCAAUGGACCUUCUGCUGAUGGCGUGUCACGUGCAGACGUUGAAUCUCUUCGUGGAGUCAUUUCUGAAGAUGGUGCAGAAGCUCCUGGAGGACACGAAUGCGAAUCUGCAGAUAAUGGCGACGAACUCCUUCGUGAGAUUCGCCAACAUUGAGGAGGACACGCCAUCCUACCAUCGUCGCUAUGACUUCUUCAUCUCCAAGUUCUCCUCCAUGUGUCACGGCAAUCAUGACAAUAUCGAGCUGCGCGACAGCAUCCGCAUGGCGGGCAUCAAGGGGCUUCAGGGCGUCAUCCGGAAGACUGUGUCUGACGAUCUGGUGGAGAACAUCUGGGAGAAGCAGCACAUGGACAAGAUUGUACCCUCGCUGCUCUUCAACAUGCAGUCCGGGCCGCUGCGCUCCAUCGAGGAGGCCACGCCUUCGUCGCCGCCGGAACUGGCAGAGGCCGUGCUGCGAGAGCUCGUCAGUCGCGCUUCCUUCGCGCACAUCCGGAGUGUGCUGAAGCCGCUGCUGACGCACCUGGACAGACACGAGUUGUGGGUGCCGAACCAGUUCGCCAUUCACACCUUCCGCAUCGUGAUGCUGUCCAUUCAGCCGCAGUAUUCCUACACGGUGGUGGAGAUUCUGAUGCAGCAUCUGGACACGAAUCUGCUGUCCUCGCCGAAGACGCGCACGUCGCUGGCUGUCGUGCUGUCGAAGAUCAUCGCCAUUGCGGCGGGUGAGAGCGUUGGGCCGUCCGCUCUGGACAUCAUCAACAAUCUGCUGACGCACCUGCGGACCAGCGUGGGCACCAGCGAGGAUCCGCCGCCCGAGGAAGCGCACUACCAGGAGGCGCUGAUCAACGCUCUGGGAGAGUUCGCCAAUCACCAUCCCGACUACCAGAAGAUCGAGAUCAUGCUGUUCAUCAUGAACACCGUGCCGGAUCUGUCGAAGAAGAGCCACGCAGACCAGAUGCUGCAGAACAUCCUGCUGAAGAGUCUGCUGAAAGUGGGCAUGCAGUAUCGCACGGUGUCGUACGAGAAGGCCUUCCCGGUGUCCUUCCUGCAGCCUCUGCUCCGCAUGGCGCGCUCCACGCACGCGCCCACGCGCAUCAUCGUGAUGCAGAUCCUGCAGGCGCUGCUGGACAGACACCAAAAUCAGGCCGUGCUGCACGUCGUCUCGGCCAGAACGUACACGGCGCUCUCGCUGGAGUCGCCGUCCAGGGCGGACAUUCUCUUCAUGCACAAGUACGGCGGCAAUGUGAUGCGCGCCCUGGUGGACGCGCUGUCGCUGGACGAGCGAUUGGACUCCCUCACGGCGGCCUACAACGCCGCAGCGCUGCUGGUGGUGGAGACGGCGUGUGGCGACACGCUGCAGGAGUUCCUUCUCUUUGUGAUGGGCGUGCAGGUGAGCGCCACGGACACGGAGGGGCUCAGCGCCUCCCACAGGGCCAAUCUGCACUCCAUCGCGGUGGCGCUCCUGGCGCUGCUGGCCAGGUGCACAGGCGUCAACACGCUGAUGGAGUACUGCGACAAGAUAAUUGAGGCGCGCAAGGAGGAGGCGCGGCAUAUGCUUCCGCCGCUGGACGAUCCUUCCUUCUCACUGGAUCAGCUGACCACAAAUCUUCCGCAUCUGCUGAUGGACAAGCUGGCGCUCGCCGAGGCGCUACAGCUGGCUGGUUUGGAGUUCUCACGCGUGCAGACGGGUGAGCCGUUCGCAAUUCACCAGGAGGACACCUUUGCCCACCGGCCGUCCUGGGUGGAGGCCACGCGUGCCGCCAGCAAUCCCGACUUGGGUGCCUUCAAUGACGCCGACAGCGUGACGAGCUCACCCGAUGUUCAGCGUCGCGCGCUGCCGGCUGAGCUGAACUUCGAGGCGAUGAAGCGACUGCUGGCCGAGUCCUCGGACAGCGCCAAGCGCGAGGCGAAAGAGCGCAAGGCGCACAUGGCCAAGUACUUCCGCGAGGCGAACUUCGACGAGCUGGUUAGGCGCUCCGAGACGCGUCACGACGCCAUCCAGAACAAGCUCAACGAGUUGUUCACGUCGCUGACGAAUGAGCGGCAGAUUGCUCAGAAUGAGGGCAAAGCGGCGCCCGGAGGACAGAAGAAGAUCUACGAGGAAGCCUUCCCAGAGCUGUUCUUCUUCUAGAGAGCGAAUCCAGCGAGUGAUGCUUAAUCGGU